AUGCUCACCGAAAGUCAUAGGCAAAGAAACUGGCGUCAGGGAGAUGUUGUCAGAAAUAGAGGUGCUGCACGACCUAUUGCUACAAGAGCAGCACGUCAUCGUGCCGCUGUUAGAGCUAACAAAUUUCAACCGCGAAUCAGAUUGAACCUUAUAAAUAGGGAACCAUCUCUACCAGCAGGGACUGGGUCGGAGUUGUCUAUAGCCGCACAAGCAGCGCGCACUACACAAAUAUUACGGGCUUUUAGCAGACCGACUGAUGAAUUGAGGAGACGUAUUUUAGAGCCGGAAGCGGCGAAUAACGGAUUGUGGACUCAGGUCUCAGAGUUCGCGGAGGCGGAGACGAAGCGAGAAGUAGAGACCGAUGGAUUGAGGGGACGUAAGUCAGAGUUGGAGACGGCGAAUAAUGGAUUGACGGCCAAGGUAGUCGAGCUAGAGCGCGCUGCAACUGAUCAAGCAAUAGAGAAGCUGAUUUUGAAAGAUCGCACUGAACUGCUGGAGGCAACCCUGGCCACCAGAAACAGACAGAGGAGACGCGAGUAA